UGACGAGAAGCACCGCUGCAAAGUUUCUUAUUCCGCUUUCCUUUUUCGGUGCGCUAUCCUUUUCCGCUUUGUCCUUUAUUCUUCGUGCGCUUCCGGUGUCAAAUCCUUGUGGACACCCUCCAGCGUCGUUCUGACGGACUACACGGGCUACCACUGCAUCCACAAUGGACUCUAUUGCUCAAGCGGUAGAGCCAAUUUGGGGAUGGCAGAGUGUAUUAUCCACGAUCGCCAGUAGGGCCAAACAUAUUUUCGGGAAGGAUAUUCUGAGCGAUGUCACCUGCCGGAUUCAGCCGCUAGAUAGCCCCAGUGUCGACAUCAAAGCACACAAACUUUUGUUGGCCAUGGGCAGUGCGGUGUUUGAAACGAUGUUUUACGGAGUAAUGAAGGAGGCUGGUGCAAGCGUUGUUAAAAUCACUGACAUGGACUCGGAGACCUUCAGUAACGUUUUAAGAUAUAUCUAUUACGAUCAGAUUGGGCCGUUUAACAAAUCAACCGCAUUUUCGACUCUGUAUGCCGCGGAAAAAUACGGUAUCCCAGUUUUAAAGAACGCCUGCGAGCAAUAUGUGAAAGAGAAUGUGUCUGCCGAUAAUUGUCUGUUUUGGUUUAUUCAGGCAAAGCUGUACGACGAAACCUUUUUGGAGAACUUAUGUUUGAAGAAGACCGGUCUUUGGGGAGCUUCGGUACUGCAGUCGGCAGAUUUCCUGGAAAUUGACUUGGAAAUUUUGACACUAAUAUUACGUCGCGACACUCUAAAGGCGAAAGAAGUGGACGUGUUCAACGCAGUAGUGAAAUGUUGA